CGCUCAGCUCACACGCUGGCUGGGUCGGGAACAGAAUGGCUGCCGGAGUGGGAGAUUUCGGAUCGGGGGGCCGGCUGGAUCCGGGCGUGCUUAUGGAGCAGGUCAAGGUGCAGAUUGCCGUGGCCAACGCGCAGGAGCUGCUGCAGAGAAUGACAGACAAGUGUUUCCGAAAAUGUAUUGGGAAACCUGGAAGUUCCCUGGAUAACUCUGAGCAGAAAUGUAUUGCUAUGUGUAUGGACCGGUACAUGGACGCCUGGAACACCGUCUCACGAGCAUACAACUCUCGAUUGCAGAGGGAGCGAGCCAACAUGUGAAGGGGUCAUUGUGGGGCCGCAGAGCCCCCAGGACGGACUGAUCACAGGGCUUCUAUGCCCAGGGGGAAAGGGUGUCAGUCAGAAAUCGGAACAGUGUGGUUAACCAGGAUGGGAGUGGACAGGAUACUGUGGAUUCGAAGACGGGGCUCACCGUGUAUGGCAAGAAUUAAAUGAAAGCUUGGUGUCGU